CUUCCUGUGGAGUCCGGCUGCCCCUCACCGCACAGAUGGGGCUUGUUGGCAUCGUUGUUCGGGUCCUAGCCACACUGGGGGUACCUGGGGCACUGGGUGGAGUAGGUGCUGUGCUGCACCCCAAAUCUCCUGGGUCUUGUACUGGGCUGUGAGAUAAAUCCCCAGGGCAUCGCUGCUCUGCCUCCCCCAGCCAAGGAAAGCCCCAAACCCUGCGGGGAGCUUUCUGCAAGCGAGGGGGCGAUGCCUGGGGAUGUUGGUGCUGCUUUUGCCCAGGGUGUGCAGGUACCCGAGAUCCCAGGGGUGGCAGGGAGCCCAGCAGGGUGGCAGCGUGAUGGUCACGGGGCUGUGCCAGCACCUCAGCGUGGCUGGGGGCUUCAUCGGUGCUGGGUUGGGGGCUGCGGGAGGGGAGCGGAGCUGUAGCAAGCCCUUCCUUCCCUUUGCUUUGCAUUACCCCUGUUGGGGCUGGGGCUUGUGCUGUGGCAUCCUCGCACCCGCCCGUUCAGUUCGGAGCCGGGGCGCUGGAGCAGAACGAAACGUGCUUGAUCCCUGCAUCCAGCCGAGGGGCGGUGCAGCCCAGCUCCCCCGCCCCGGGGGGGACAGGCAGCCCCACGCUGGGGACAGGGACACUGCGGGGCGGCAUGCGAGGGCUGCUGCUGUGCGGGGGGUGGCUGCUGGCCGCCAGCUACGUGCUGGGCGGCUGCCGGCACCGCUGCUGCCCAGGCAGGAACAACGCCUGCUGGGCUCCAGGUGCCCACCGGGCUCGCUGCUACUGCGACUCCUACUGCGAGAGGACGGGCGACUGCUGCCAGGACUACCAGGCCUCGUGCCGCCGCGCCGCGGUGGGCUGCGUGGUGGGACCCUGGGGGCCCUGGAGCAGCUGCAGCUCCCUGUGCGGGGUCGGCAGCAAGGACCGCAGCCGCCAGGUCACCGUUCCGCCCCGGCACGGCGGGGAGCCCUGUCCCGACCUCAAGCAGCGCCGCGGGUGCCUGGGGGAUGACCCGGCCUGUGGGGCCGCCAAAGGGGUGGCCAAGGUGCUCCCUGACUCCUUCAGCCUGGACUUCAGGGAUCCCUGGAGAAGAGCUGGGCUGCAGAGGCCAGAGGAGCCACCCAGCUCCCCCCUUCCCAGCUCCUGCGGCGUUUUCCGCCUGACGCAGGUGGCGGCCGCCUGCCGGGGGCAGCCCUGGAGCCGCCGGCUGCAGCGGGACAGGCGGGUGUGCGUCCAGUGCUGGGGGGACGCGCUCCACGGGCACCCCCGCUGCGAUGGGCACGGGCUGCAAGGAGCCAGGAUGUUCUGGGUGGCUGCCUCCGUGGCGGGGUGUCAGGGCUCCUGGGUGCGGGAGGCGCUGGAGGACGGCUGCACCUGCCCCUCGCCAGCACUCGUCUUUGUGUAGCCCAUCCCCCGGGAAGGUGAGCUGAAAUUCCCCUCCCUUCUGAUUUGAAAAAGCGGGGAAAUGAAAUAGAAACGUCCCCGUCCUGCUUUAAUUUCAGCCCUCCGCAAGCUUGCUGCCUGCCUGCGGUGACGGGAGGCAGCUCCUUUGUGAUUUCCACUACUAAAAAACGAGGGAACUGCUCAGUCCUCAGCCGAGUGACUAACACUGGAAGAACGGAGGCUGAAUCCAGCAGGAGGUGGGAGGACAAAGCAGCGCUGUCCUGCUCCGCUGUGACACCAGCAGCAGAAACAAGCCCCCGAGCAGGCGUUUGGUGGCACACAGGGAGGAAGGCAGCGUGCUUCCACCUGGACCACCGCGGUUUCGGGGCAUCGUUAACAUGACUGCAGCGAAACGUCAAGGGCAUCUCGGCUGCUGAGUGUGGUUUGUGGAGCGAAAUUAAAGCUAGGCGUGGAAAGCAAGGCGAGGCUCUGGCGAUGCUG